UUAAUAAAACGUGUUUGAGCUAAAUAUCUUCAGUUGAGUUUGUGUUUCCAGACUGAACGUUACUAAGCAUGUUUGCAAUAGCAGUAUUCCUCGGUCUUGUGGCCGCAUCCUCGGCCAGGCUCCAGUUUGUAGAGAUGUUUAGCAUGUCUCCAGCCGUGAGGUCCCAGGAGGAAACCAUGACCCAGGAGGAAACCAUGACCGAGGUGAGGAUGUUCCAGAACAAGAGUGCCAAGACGUCGUACUUCCCGUACAACGAAACCUGGGAACAAUUCAAGAUUCAAUAUGGCAAAUCGUACGAGAGUCCCGAGAUUGAACAAGGUCAUAAAGCCAUCUUCAUGGAGAAUGUUAAAAUUAUUGAACUGCAUAACAUCAAGUUCAACAACCGAGAAAAGAGCUACUCCUUGGACAUCAACCAGUUUGCUGAUAUGACCAAAGACGAAUUCCAGGCUUACAAUGGAUUUGUAAAUUAUGAGGCACCAAAAGGAAAACGUUGCAAACGUUAUGUGGAAGAUCCUAAAGUCCGCUUACCAAGAAGUGUUGACUGGAGAAGGUAUGGAUACGUGACUCCGGUUAAGGACCAGGUCAGUAGAGGGAAAUUGCGGAUCAUGUUGGUCAUUCAGUGCGGUUCUAUAGAAGGUCAAUAUUUCAAAAGAAAACGAAAGCUGAUCUCUCUCAGUGAACAACAGCUUAUAGAUUGUACGUAUUUUGGCUGUGGUGGCGGCGUAGCUGAUUUGGCUUACCGAUACAUCCAAGUGAAAGGCAUUGAGUCUGAAAACGUCUACUCAUACAAGGCAAAGGAAGGCCUGUGCAAAUAUGACCGGAGGAACGUUGUCACUCGUAUCCGUGGGUUCAGAGGAAUAAGAAUGUCGGAAUUUGCUCUGAAAGCUGCUGUUGCUACCGUUGGACCGAUUUCCGUAGCCAUCCAUGCGACACAGUCAUUUUCGCAGUAUUGUGCAGGAAUUUAUGAUGACCCCCACUGCACUAGUUCUGAUCUCAACCAUGCCGUACUCGUGGUUGGCUACGGAAGAGUAAAUCGCAGGGACUACUGGAUCGUGAAAAACAGCUGGGGCACCAACUGGGGAAUGGAAGGUUAUGUUUACAUGUCUCGAAAUAAGAACAACCAGUGUGGAAUCGCAACCGAUGCAACGUUCCCUAUUGUGUAGACCACAGCUCACAUUUGUUCCUUGUGUCUCUGUGAUACAUUGAAGUCAUCAUUCCAUUUCCUGCGUGUAAAUCUAAUAGAGAUGAAAAUAAUCAACAAGUGAAAAUGUCCUACUAAUCUGUUAUUGUGAUUUUCUUAUAUUGUCUGUCAAACAGUAGACGGUUAUUAUCAGACAAAGUUCCAAAUUCAUGUUUUUUCUUUCAAAAAUAAAAAAUCUUAUUUUU